UCCGCCGCCGCCGCAGCUGCUUCGGGAAGGCAGGAAGGAUGAGCUGAGCCUCGGCCGCUGAUACCGCCGCCCGCGCCGGUCACAGUGUGUGGUGCCUACCCGAAGAACGUGUUCCUUUUUAAAGGAAAGAUGCUGUCUCCCAGUGACAAAAAGUUCGACAAGCUGGAUCCGUUUUAUCGACCCUCGAUGUCCAAGCAGAAGACCAGUGCAGAAAUCAUCAGUGAAGCUCGCAAUGCCCUGAGGACAGUGAGAACCCAAAGGCCCUUUACGCCCCGGGACGACCAACGAAAGCUAUUUGGACCUGCAUCUUCAAGAACACCAGAAAACAGACCUCCCUCCUCCUUCAGAGUAAGCUCACAUAGACUAGAAAGACAAGAAAACGGAUUCUUGCCAACUACUUUCCAAAAACCCAAAGCUCCAGCAUCCCCCACUGCAGAGGACACCUGCCUUCCCUUCCCGAAACCCCCAGUGGACCCCGCGAAGAUGCGAAGAAUUAGCAGUGCCCGGGCGCGCUUGUUCAGAGCUGCCUCGCAGGGGGCGCUGCUGCCUGACCGGAACCCUCCUCUUCCUGACAUGAAGAAGACAGUGGGACCCCACGCAACAGCCAUGAUGGGGGACUCCCUGGUGAAAAUAAACGGGGUGCACGUACCAGAAGCAAUUGCCGCUGGCCACUUACCGAGUCACCCGCUUCAGUUAACCGAUGACGGCCGCUUCAGCGAACUCCACAGCCAGGGAAUGGUCAAAGGGACAGCAUCCGUGCCAUCUCAUCUCAGAAGCGGAGGGGACCAAGGGAGGAGGCGCGCCCGGGCCUCCUCCUGCCCCAGCCGCGCAGACCUGAGCCAACCGGAAACCACAGCAGCCUCAAUUGCCGACCCGCGGGAAAAGGACACGGAAAAGGAAGUGGACGAAGUCUUUUGGAAUACAAGGAUCAUGCCAAUUUUGCAUAAAUUAAAAGAGGCAGAGAACGUGGAGGCGGCCUGUGCCGCGUGCACCCAGCUUCACCUCGCCUUGGCGGAAGGGCGCAUGCUUGGGAGCCGAUUUAAGAGAAGAACCCUUCUCCUGAGGACCCUCUACCAACUAGUUGAUGUUGGUUCGGACUUGCUCAGCCUUAAACUCGCAAAGAUUAUUCUAGCACUUAAAGUGAGUAAAAGGAACCUUCUUAAUGUCUGCAAACUUCUAUUUAAAAUCAGCCAGAGGGAGGAGAACGACUCUCUGAUUCACAAUGACAGCAUUCUGGAGUCAUUGCUGGAGGUCCUGAGCAGCGAAGACCUGCAUACGAACACCGAAGCUUUCUUGUACUGCACGGGGGCUAUAAAAUUCCUCUCUGGAAACCUGGGGUUUCUUAAUGAAAUGAUCAGCAACGGUGUGGUGGAAAAAUUGAUGAAUCUGAUAAAGCAAAUAAACGAGAAUACCAAGAAAUGUGGGGUGGUUUUGCCCGAUUCAGGCCACUUGUUAGUCCAGGUGACUGCUACCUUGAGAAAUUUGGCGGAUUCUCCGGUGGCAAGAAGUACGCUCCUGAGCACGGGAGCCCUCACCGAGCUCUGCACCGUGCUGGAGCAGCACGUGGGGGACAAGGAUGUCUGCACCAAUGUCGCCAGAAUAUUCAGCAAACUUACUUCCUACCAUGACUGCUGUGCGGCCCUGGCCAACUAUUCCAGAUGUUAUGCCUUGUUUUUGAAUCUGAUAAACAAGUACCCAGAGAAGCAGGAGCACACCAGCCCCUUGCAGGCACGUUCCCAGGGGGUGCUGCUAGCAUUUGGCCGCGCUCGCUUCUCUUUCAACCUUGGUCUUGGCCUGCACCCCAACUGGGCGGUCGAAUACAAAUCCAUCGAUGCUUGUGAGGAGCUGGUAAUCAACGCGGUGGUGACACUCAACAACUUAUCGUACUACCAGGUGAAGAACUCCGUCAUUCACGACAAACAGCUGUACAUUGCUGAGUUGCUCUUAAAGCUCCUGGUGACGACCAACAUGGAUGGGAUCCUGGAGGCUGUGCGUGUGUUUGGGAAUCUCUCCCAGUCCCGCAAGAUCUGCGACUUCAUCGUGCAGAAAAACGUGCACAAGUUCAUGAUCGCCCUGCUGGAUGCGAAGCACCAGGACAUUUGCUUCUCGGCCUGUGGUGUGCUCCUAAAUCUCACUGUGGAUAGGGACACGCGGGGCAUCCUGAGAGACGGGGGCGGCAUCAGAAAGUUGGUGGACUGCUUGAAAGACUUUGGCCCAACCGACUGGCAGCUGGCUUGCUUGGUUUGCAAGACGCUGUGGAACUUCAGCGAGAACAUCACUAACGCUUCCUCCUGCUUUGGCGAGGAAGACACCAACACACUCCUGGCCCUGCUGUCAUCAUUCUUAGAUGAAGAACUAGCACUGGAUGGGAGUUCUGACCAAGACCUAAGAACGUAUCACAAGCUCCACUGGGAAGCAGAAUUCAAGCCCGUGGCCCAGCAGCUGCUGAGCCGAAUCCAGAGCCAUCACACCUUCCUGGAGCCCCUGCCUGUCCCUUCUUUUUAACAGGAGCCAGUUAACAGCAGAGGCCGGGAGGCCGGGCGCCUCCAUUCUGAAAAAGUGGUGCCCAGUGCAAACAGCUUUGUUCAGUCGUAACAAAUAUUGAAACGCUUCCCGGGUACUGAUUUUAGUGAGCAGCUGAGGACUUUACAAGCAACAAGCGUUGUUCCUUUGGCAGCUAUUAUGAAAACAAAACCAAAAUCCUGACUAUUUAACAUGUUAUUCUUUCUACUAUAAGCAAUAGAACAGCUGGAGAGAUUUUACCACAAAGCCCUGAGAAGUUACCCUAGCCCUAGUUUUCGACACCAGAGAAAUCUAUAAAUACAACACAAUAAUGAUCCAGAUCCCAACUCUAUUUUUUAGAGAAAUGGAAAAAACAAUCACUAACUAUGGAGAAGGAAGAACCCCAGAAUUAAGCAAAGACCUUCUCAAGAAGCACUAAGUAGGAGUCCUCACACCCCCUGACCCCAAACCUAUUACAUAGCCCCAGUAGUCAAUGGCACAGAACAGGAAGUCCAGAAGUAAAGUCAUCCACCUUCAGGCAACUGAUCUUUGACAAAGAACACUGAAUGGGAAAGAGAUGGCCUCUUCAAAAAAUGGGGCUGGUACAUUUGGAUCUCUAGGUGCAGAAGGAUGAGACAGAACCCAUCCCUCAUCCUGUGUCCAAAACUAACUCACGGUGGAUCAAGGCCCUAAAUGUCAAUCCCAGCACUAUGAAGACGGUCAGUGAGGACAUAGGGACAAACUUAAGGGCCGAUGGCAGGGCACAGACACACUGCCAAACACAACAAAGGAAACGUAUGUAGUGGACAAAAUAGAUGACUGGAACCUACUGAAAAUAAGACUUAUGUGCAAUCAAAGAUCUCAUCAAAAAGGAACCCAUGGCCCGGGGAAAAAAACUUCAGAAUGACACAACAGACAAGGGAUUAUUCUCUAGAAAACUGCAAUACCUCAAUAAAAAAAAAAUCCAAGCAAAAGUGGGCAAAGGACAUGAACAGGCAAUUCACCAACAAUAACAUCCAAAUGGCUAACAUACGAAAAAAUGCUCAAGAUUAUUAGACACCUGGGAGAUGCAAAUCAAAUGAUAUCAUCUUACACUGACAAUGACAGCCCCCUCCCCUCCCGGCCCCCAGUCAAAUGCUGGAGAGGGUGCAGAGAUUGGAACUGUCAUACAGCGCUGGUGGGUCUGUAACUAUGUAACAUUGUAGACAGCAAUACGGUACUACUUCAAACAAUUGAGAACAGAAAUCCCAUACAAGCCAGCAAUACCCAUUAGGUGUAUACCCCAACGGAGUAAGAGCUGUAACAGACAUCUGCACGCCCGUGUUCAUCCCAGAACUAUUCACAAUAACAAGGCAAACAGUCCAAUGCCCAUCAGUCGAAGAAUGGAUAAAGAAACUUUGGUGCAUACAUACAGUGAAGUACUAUGGGUAAAACCAUGAAGCACCUCAUGACCUGGAAGAGCCUGGAGAACAGUAUGCUGAGUGAAGUUAGUCAUUCAUAGACAAAUAUUGUAUGGGACCACUGCUACAAGGUAAAAACCAAGACAGGCUUGCGUACCAAUGGGAACAGCCCUUAGAGGUUUCCAAGGGAGGAAGGACAUUGUUGGGAGGUGAAGCAAGGGACUAGAACAGGUGUCGGCAAACAUUUGAGACAGAAGAGCCAAUCCUGUCCCUCACAACAAUUUAUAAAUUGCUAGAGAGCCAGAAAUGUAUAGUUACAAAUGAAAUCACCAUUAUCUGAAUACUAUCCUUAAAAAUUUUCAAUUUACUUCAGUCACAUGCACCUACAGAAAGAGCCGAAUACAGCUGGAGAGCCACAUUUGCCACCCCUGGACUAGAAGGGGUUGGCUUGGGUCAAAGGAGGUAUGGCCAUCAAUCAGG